CCAAUCUGACCGCGGACCAGCAAAGUGCAGUAACUGAAAAACCUGCGAAGGCUGCUCAUUCCGAAUCGACGCGUUUUCAAGAGCUGUUGUGAUUUCAAAGUCAAGAGAAAAAAAAGGAUCGCAGUUAUUAUUGCAUGCGCGAGUCGUUUGGUUCGAACGUUCAUAAAACAAUAAAGUUGUGCUUACAAAAUAUAAGUAAAAUUUGAGUUUCCUCAGAAGAUAAGCGAAUAUCUCAUCGAAAUAUCAAUCAAUUAGUUGCAAAUUGAAGUGCCUGAACAAACAAGAAAAAAGAACAAAAACUAGCAGAACAAAAUGAUAAUCAUGAUAAAAAUCGUAUUGACUUCAGUGUUCAUAUGUAGCAGUUACGUGAUUUCUUAUCACGACAUGGCAUCGGACCAACAACGGACCCAAUUCAUCGGAUUGCGUGCCAUCAUACGUCAUCGACAUCGCCAACGGACGAUAGAGGCCCAUACAGAGAGACACUUCCUGCUCGGUCGACCUUCCUUCGAAGUCAUCGAUACGAAUCGACCAAUAAACCACACCGGACCCGAACUGCAUAAACUUACUGACAUUUCCAUUUUCAACCAGCCACUAACCGCCUGUUUCACUUGCAUUCAUGGUUAAUUCCAUUCUGUCCACUGCACUUUGCUCAUUACUGCCGUUGCACGCACAAUUUUCCUCACCUCAGAGAUUUCCACUUUCAAUUUUUCAUUUCCGUACUAUUUCCAUCGAAUCGAAACCAUUCUAUCUGUUUUGCCACUGUUUCGUUCUCUCUUUAUCCCCUGUUCUUUAGCGCAGGGGUACCUACUCGUUUUACAUUUAAAAGCAUGUGAUUCGAUCCGGUGUACUUUACAAACCACAAGAUCAUUUUAUAGAUGCGCAGGCCCAGCAUCUGCUGACCCAGGCCCUGUACUUAGGAGAUCCGGGCAUGUUCAACACGACCAAGGAGGACUGUAUCUGGAAGCGCAGCGAGGAUCGCUGCCCGGAUCCGGAUAUCAAGACCAUCCUCUACACGUCCGGUAUUGUGAAGGAUAAGUUUCUGUUCAAAAUGAAUCACCCGGAUUGGCUGAACGAUACCGAAUGGGAACCGACGAAGGAGAAUAUCAUUCUAGUUCACGGCUACGCCGGCGGAGACGACACCCUACCAAUUGCGGUUUUGCGCGAUGCCUACGUCAAUCACGGAGGAUAUAACGUAUUUCUGAUCGACUGGGGUGCUCUGGGUCAGCCGCCCUGCUACGUUGCCGCCGUUUACAACAUUCGACCGAUCGCUUCAUGCCUUGCCAAGACGUUCAUGAGAUUGCGAGCUUUGGGACUUCCUGCUGAAAAAACGACCUGCGUGGGACAUUCUCUGGGGGCACACAUCUGCGGGUUGAUGGCAAAUUAUCUCAACUUCCGACUGGAACGCAUUAUCGCUUUGGAUCCAGCACGACCUCUUGUCAAACCCGGAAACAUGAAUCGGUUGGAUAGUGGAGAUGCCAAAUCGGUUCAAGUAAUCCACACCAAUGCGGGCCAUUACGGCGAGGGAGGACGAGUAGGGCACAUCGACUUUUGCAUCAACGGAGGACGGCGGCAACCUUACUGUGGAAAUAGCACAAACAUCAAUUUGUGCAGCCAUAUUUGGGCGAUCUGCUACCUAGCGCAGUCCGUUUACGACGGCAUGGAACCGAUGGCGGAACCUUGUCAUAGGAGGUGUCCUACCAAUGUUCUACUUCCGCCUUCGGGACGACACGGAAGGGGUCGCUUCGGUUACGCGAUAGGAUACGCCAUUCCAAUGGGACAAAAGACUCCUAUGAGUGCGUUUGGAUCAUAUUGCGUCAAGGAUACUAGUCCACCGUUUUGUUCAACGAAUCCAGCAAUCCCUGGAGAUAAACGAUGCUGCAUUUAAACAUUCUCAGUAAAUUUGAUUAUAGGAACGGCCCAGUCUGUCAAAUACGUAGUUAAGCUAGAUUAGUUGAGUUAGUUAUAAGCAGCUGCUAAGUAGCUACCACUGAAUUAGGUUUAAGGAAAAUAUAAAAAUGACAAAUAUAUCAAACACAUUAGACGAUA